UUUUGGCAUUAUUUUCCCAACCUUGCUGUCAACAAUAAACGUCGUGUUAUUAUAAUUUAUAAUUGAAAAAGUGAUUAUAAAAAUUAUUAUAAAUAUGUUACAGAAGUGUCAACCGCUUUAGACUGAACAUAACCUAUAGACAAAUUUGGUGCGGUAUAAUAUUUAAAAAAACAACCACCUUAUACCAAAAAAAAUGUAUUCUAUUUGUAAAAAUACACAUCCUGCAACCGGCGUUGAACAUGCAAUAACGUGCUAUUUUUUUAAUCGCUCGGAAAAAUGUUUGGUUGUCGCCGGAGCGAAUAUUAUACGAGUUUUCCGACUAAUUCCCGAUGUCGACAGUACAAAAAGAGAAAAAUACACAGAAUCACGUCCACCAAAAAUGAAACUAGAAUGUCUGGGACAAUUUACACUACAUGGAAAUGUAAUGUCUAUACAAUCAGUUCGUCUAAUGGGAUCUCCAAGAGAUUCACUACUUUUAGGUUUUCGCGAUGCUAAACUAUCAGUUGUUGAAUAUGAUUUAGAAACACAUGAUCUACGAUCUGUAUCUUUACAUUAUUUUGAAGAAGAAGAAAUGCAGGAUGGAUGGACAAAUCAUCAUCAUGUUCCAAUAGUGAGAGUUGAUCCCGAAGGUAGAUGUGCUGUUAUGUUAAUUUAUGGACGAAAAUUAGUUGUUUUACCAUUUCGUAAAGAUCCAACAUUAGACGAUGCCGAAGCUGAAAUUACAAGAUCUAGCAAGGCGCCUAUUUUAUCGUCUUACAUGAUUAUUUUAAAGAAUUUAGAAGAGAAAAUGGAUAAUAUCAUUGAUCUUCAAUUUUUGUAUGGAUAUUAUGAACCAACUUUAUUAAUUUUAUAUGAACCAGUUCGAACAUUUUCUGGGCGUAUUGCAGUGAGACAAGAUACUUGUGCAAUGGUAGCGAUAUCAUUGAAUAUUCAACAGAAAGUUCAUCCAAUUAUUUGGUCAGUGUCAAAUUUGCCAUUUGAUUGUUGUCAAGCAGUGCCAGUGAAAAAACCACUUGGCGGAACAUUAAUAAUGGCUGUAAAUUCUUUAAUUUAUUUAAAUCAAAGUAUACCGCCUUAUGGAAUAUCAUUGAAUAGUUUAGCUGAUACGAGUACAAAUUUUCCUCUCAAACCUCAAGAAGGAGUGAAAAUAAGUUUAGAAGGAGCGCAAGUUGCUUUUAUAUCGUCUGAUCGAUUAGUAAUGUCUUUGAAAAGUGGAGAAUUAUAUGUUUUGUCACUUUUUGCUGAUAGUAUGCGAUCUGUGAGGGGUUUUCAUUUUGAUAAAGCAGCCGCUAGUGUUUUAACUUCAUGUGUUUGUCUAUGUGAAGAAAACUAUCUGUUUCUUGGUUCUCGACUUGGAAAUUCAUUGCUAUUGAAAUUCACAGAAAAGGAAAAUGAAAAUACAUCAAAUAAUCGUAAUUCGGAUUUAUUUUUUGCGGAUAAUACUGGAGAAACACCGGCAAAAAAAGUGAAGCAAGAUUUUUUGGGCGAUUGGAUGGCUUCCGAUGUUUUGGAUAUUAAAGAUCCGGAAGAAUUAGAAGUCUAUGGAAAUGAGACGCAAACGUCUAUUCAAAUUACUUCCUACAGUUUUGAAGUUUGUGACAGUUUAUUAAAUAUUGGACCAUGUGGGAAUAUUUCAAUGGGAGAGCCAGCAUUUUUAUCGGAAGAAUUUUCUCACACUCAAGAACCGGAUGUUGAAUUGGUUACAACUUCAGGUUAUGGGAAAAAUGGUGCACUUUGUGUUUUACAAAGAUCUAUUCGUCCUCAGGUUGUCACUACAUUUGAACUUCCGGGUUGUGAAGACAUGUGGACUGUAAUUGGUCCGGUAAAUGACGAACUUGAUAAAUCAGAAACAGACGGAGUACAUGCGUUUUUAAUUUUGAGUCACGAAGAUUCGACAAUGAUUCUUCGAACCGGACAGGAAAUUAAUGAGGUUGAUCAAAGUGGAUUUAGUACACAAGGAACAACUGUUUUUGCUGGUAAUUUAGGAGGAAACAAAUAUAUAAUUCAAGUUACACAAAAUGGUGUACGUUUAAUGAUUGGUACCGAACAGAUUCAACAUAUGCCAAUGGAUUUUGGUUGUCCCAUUGUAUACGCAAGUUGUGCAGAUCCAUAUGUUGUUUUGCUUACUGAAGAUGGACAAGUAAUUUUAUUAACACUUAAGGAACAACUUACAAGAGGAUCAGCACGAUUACACGCUCAAUCUGCGGAUUUAUUAUACCGACCACAAAUAGAAGCUAUUUGUGCGUACAGAGAUGUAAGUGGUCUUUUCACAACACAAUUAGCUGAGGAAGUGGACGAAGAAGCGGCAGAAAAAGAUAAACGUCCUGAUGAACCAACAAUGGUGGAAACAAUUGAUAACGAGGAUGAUUUACUUUAUGGCGAUGCUCCCGCUUUUCAAAUGCCUAUAAUUUCACAACCUAAAGCCACUGAUUCAACUACUAAGAAAAGUCCAUGGUGGCAGAAAUUUCUUCAAGAAAUCAAGCCCACAUAUUGGUUACUUGUUUAUAGAGAUAGUGGAACUUUGGAAAUUUAUUCACUUCCCGAUUUACGUUUAUCGUAUUUGAUAAAAAAUUUUGGUUUUGGACAACAAGUUUUACACGAUAGUAUGGAAUCGACGACUGUUACUCCAACGCAUGUAAAUGAAAUUCCAAAUCCGCAAAUUCAGGUUCGUGAGAUUUUAAUGGUCGCUUUAGGUCAUCAUGGAAAUAGACCAAUGCUUCUACUUAGAUUAGAUAAUGAAUUGCAAAUCUAUCAAGUUUAUAAGUAUCCUAAAGGUUAUUUAAAAUUGAGAUUGAAAAAAUUGGAUCAUGGCAUUAUACCAGGAAGUUUAAGGCCAAAAUUUAAGGAGGAAGAUACAAUGCAAGAUGAUAGACGUAUUUCCGUUAUGCGCUAUUUCAGUAAUAUUGCUGGUUACAAUGGAGUUUUUAUCAGCGGUGAUUAUCCUCAUUGGAUAUUUUUAACAGGACGCGGUGAAUUGCGUGCUCAUCCAAUGACAAUUGACGGACCAAUUAAAUCGUUUGCUCCAUUUAAUAAUGUUAAUUGUCCACAAGGAUUUUUGUAUUUCAAUAGAAAGGAGGAAUUGCGUAUUUGCGUUUUACCAACUCAUCUCUCGUAUGAUGCUCCAUGGCCUGUGAGAAAAGUACCUUUACGAUGUACACCACAUUUUGUCACUUAUCAUCUUGAGAGUAAAACUUAUUGUGUAAUAACAAGCACUGGUGAACCUUUAAAAAGUUAUUAUCGAUUUAAUGGUGAAGACAAGGAAUUCACAGAGGAGGAACGUUCCGAUCGAUUUCCAUUUCCAAUUCAAGAACAAUUUUGUAUUGUACUAUUUUCGCCAGUAUCGUGGGAAACAAUUCCAAAUACAAAAAUCGAAUUGGAUCAAUGGGAACAUGUGACUUGUUUAAAAAAUGUGUCUUUAGCUUACGAGGGAACAAGAUCUGGUCUUAAAGGUUAUAUUGUACUUGGAACAAAUUAUAAUUAUGGUGAAGAUAUUACCAGCAGAGGACGAAUACUUAUUUUCGACAUCAUUGAAGUUGUUCCGGAACCAGGUCAACCAUUGACGAAAAAUCGAUUUAAGCAAAUUUAUGCAAAAGAACAAAAAGGACCGAUUACGGCUAUUACUCAAGUGUCAGGAUUUUUAGUGUCUGCUGUCGGACAAAAGAUUUAUAUUUGGCAAUUAAAAGACAAUGAUCUCGUGGGCGUUGCAUUUAUAGAUACACAGAUUUACAUUCAUCAAAUGUUGAGUAUUAAGAGUUUAAUUUUGAUAGCUGAUGUAUAUAAAUCAAUAAGUCUGUUGAGAUUUCAAGAAGAGUAUCGAACUCUUUCACUCGUGAGCCGAGAUUUUCGUCCUGCGGAAGUUUUCACGAUAGAAUAUUUAAUUGAUAACAAUAAUUUGGGUUUUCUUGUGGCCGAUGGUGAAAGCAAUUUUGCACUAUUCAUGUACCAGCCAGAAUCGAGGGAAAGUUUAGGUGGACAGAAAUUAAUUCGAAAAGCAGAUUUUCACUUAGGUCAAAAAGUGAAUUCAUUUUUCCGAAUUAAAUGUAAAACUGUCGAUCCGGCUAAUAAUAGAAAACAAAUUGCUGGUGCUGAUAAAAGACAUAUUACUAUGUAUGCUACUUUAGAUGGAGGCCUUGGUUAUAUUCUUCCAGUUCCUGAGAAAACAUACAGAAGAUUGCUUAUGUUACAAAAUGUGUUACUGCAACACAUUUGUCACAUUGCAGGUUUAAAUCCAAAAUCCUAUCGAACUUACAAAAGUUUUGUACGGCUUCAAGGAAAUCCAGCGAGAGGUGUAAUUGACGGCGAUCUAAUUUGGAAAUAUCUUAAUUUACCGUUUAAUGAAAAAUCAGAGGUAGCGAAAAAAAUAGGAACACGAAUUCCAGAAAUUAUAGAAGACAUAGAAGAAAUUAAUCGAUUGACAGCACAUUUUUGAUUUGUUUCACAUUUUCCACAGAGAAUACAAGUAAUGAACAAAAGUGCCUUUAUUCUGAUUGCAAAUUCUAAUUAUUAUUAUUAUUAUUAAUUAGUUGUAUCAAAUUUUUUUCUAUAUAAUAUAAUGUAUAUAGAAAUAGUUGUUUUAUUUUCGAGAAAAUUAAAUUUAAGACGAAAGGCACCUAUAUUCAUUACUAUGUUGAUAAUGAAAAAAAAAACACUGUUUCGCGAACCAGUCAUUUAUUUUUGUGUAAUAUUUUUUACAUUAUUUGUAUAUUUAAAAAAAAAAAGAGUAUGAAUGGAAUGGAAAAAUUGAGAAUAAUGUGAUGUAAAUGUAUUAAUAGAUCAUUAAAUAAGAAAACUUUUUAAAAAUCAAUAUAAA